AUGGAAUCUCUUAAUAACUCCUUAUUUGCAAGACUUGCCUGGAAGAUGACUUCAAAUCAAUCCCUUCUUUGGGUUGAUUCUCUUAGGAGUAAGUAUCUCAAGAAUGGUAUUUCCCUUCUAAAUGCUCCUACCAAUCCUAGCUCUUCUUGGCUUUGGAAGGGUUUGCUAAAAAAUAGGAAGGUUGUUGAGAAGGGAGCUUGUAUUUCCAUCUAUAGUGGUUUGAAUGUGGACAUUUGGUCUUCUCCUUGGAUUCCUUUGAUGCCUAAUUUUAGGCCUAUUCCUAAUGCUAAUUUGGAUGUUUGUCCCUCUCUUACUGUGGCUGAUCUUAUUAUUCCAGGGGAGCAAGGAAGGCCUUCUCCUCUUCAUUCUGAAGCAUGGUUGCUCCUUUGGGGGCUUAAAUUACAAGCAAGGUUGAAGCACCUUUUAUGGAAGGUUGCUUGGGAUAUUUUGCCUUCAAGAGCCAAGAUUAGUUGCUUUGUGGUCUCUGAUGACCCUGUUGCUUGGGUGUGUCCCUUCUGUAAGGGACCUUUGGCAACAUUAUCUCAUUUAUUCUUGGAGUGCAACCUAUCCAUUGCUUUAUGGAGCUCUUCUCCUUGGCAGAUUUCCACCUCCAAGUUUGCAAUUCGGCCUAUCUCUUAUUGGAUUUCUGCAAUCCUCUCUCCUAUGGCAUCUUUUGGUAUUCCCAAACCUGAGGUGAGAAAGUUCCAGCUCUUUGCUACUCUUGUUAUGGAUUUUAUUUGGAGGGCUAGGAACUUGCUUAUACAUGAUGGCCUUCAACCUUUUUCUAGUCAAGCUAUUGUUCAGGUUUCUAGCAGUCUUAAUCACCAUAUUACUGCCUGGCGUGAGCUUGAUCUUCCCACUCUAUGGGUGCCUCCAGUUGUAGGUUAUGUAAAAUGCAAUUUUGAUGUUGUAGUGAAGGGGUCUUUUGCGGUUGCGGCGGCAAUGAUUAGUGAUGAUAUGGGAAACAUUAUAGGUGUUGCCACUUAG